AUGGAUGGCUCCCCACCGGUAGUCGCCGCCCAACAGGUCAAACGCAAGCAACGUCCUGUAUAUUCGUGUUUACCAUGCCACCAGCGAAAAGUCAAGGUGAACCAAUCCAAGCCAAAUGCCACCCAUUUCCAAGAUCUAGUCUCUCAAUUGUCCCCUCCCGGUAACACGAACAUGAGCUUAUCAGGACCCGUGCCAAAGUGCACAUUCCCUCGCUCCGCCGAAGAGCAAAACUACAUCAGUCAAUCCGAAUAUAUCACCCAGCUCGAGGAGCGAUGUCGCACCUUGGAGCGACGACUCGCCCAUCUGGAAGCCGUGCGACAGCUGGUCAUCCAUCAGGCCAACGAGGCCUCCUCCUCCCGCGAGCAGUCACACGACUCGGCCGAGAUCGGUCUGCUACACGAAGAUGAAAAAGAAGACAAAGACCCGGCUUCCAACCAUCCGGAAAAGAAAAGCGAGGACGAGGACGAGGACAGCGAAACCGACGGCACCAGCAGCAUUCCCAUGGAGUAUUCUCCGGGCGCAGCCAUCUUGGAUAUCUUCAUCGAACGCCUGAUCGAAGACUGCUGUCCGUUGAGCAAGCGCGAGACCGGUGUGAAACGGUUUAUCCUCAGCGAUGCAUCCCAGAUGAGAAGUCGAUCGGAACUGCUACAGGUCGCCUUCGAGAAUACGGCCUUGAUGUUUGUCGGUCGCACCUGGGGGGACCGGGACAUCGAGAUGGCGGGCCAUCGACACAACAUGUAUGCUAUUCGAUUGAUGCGUCGGUCUCUGCGCCGGUGUAGUGGGAAACCUGUCCCCCUGGAUGUCUUUGUGGCUGCCUUUAUCUUCAUCAUCCGCGAGGUUUUCACCGGCGACAGCAACGCCCUGAUGAAGCAUUUGGUGGGGGCUGCUCAGCUCCUCCAGUCUCGGAAACCAGAGGAACAUCAGACUGGGAUUUCCCAUGCGAUCUUUCUGGACUACCGCAUUUACUGGAUCGCUGGUUCAAUCCUCCUCCGCCGCCCCUCAUUCCUCGUACAUCCCGACUGGAUGAAAGUCCCCUGGGCACACAAGCCCAAAGAUCUGCUGCAGCAGCUGCUCGAUAUCGGAGCAGAAGUGCCCUGCUACCUCUUUCAAAUCGACAAAUACCAGAGCCAAGUGGCGUCUGGACAGAGCAGCUACGAGGAUCUUCUUAACGGUCACAGCUCCCCGGGCGCGUGGGCACAGACCCUGGACAGUCGCCUGGAGCGCUGGUAUCACCACCAUAUCCCUUCUUAUCAGCACGGCUCCAUCACUGAGUCCGAUCACCGACUCGAUGCUUCCUUUCCGACUUUCGCUUGUCACGAUUCGCGUGAUGGACAUAUCUUUACCCCGACCAUCCUGAUCUAUCCCGACCUGCUACUGACUACCGUGAUGUGCUACUACUGGGCCUUGCGCAUCACCGUCGUCGGGGCUAAUCCCACCCCCUCUCCUCGCUCCCUCCGGUAUGAGUGGGCUUGCAAUAUCUGCCGGAGCCUAGAGGCCUAUAUCACCAAGGGUCCUCGUUGUUUUAUUUAUCGCAUUUUAUACCCUAUCAUUGUUGCCUACCAGACAUUUGAGCGAGACUCGGUCGAACGUUGCUUUGUCGUUCAACUUUGUCGUCGGUUGGACGAACUCUACCAAGUCAAUGUGUUUCUGAAUAUCAUGGCUCAACUGGGCGAUUCGAUAGAGUUACCUGGAUUUUAAAGCUUGUGGUUGACUUCUUGCUUCUCUUUCUCGUGUUUCCUCUUUUCUUUUCUUUUGUUUUCUUUCUUUUUCUUUUUUCUAUUCUAUUUUUCCACUUCUUUGCGAGAUUCAUUCUUAACACAUGCGUACAUAUUAGCGACUACUGUUUGAGGUCUAAACAGAUGGAUGAUACCUGGUUGGUGCAUUGGAUUUUCUAGCGGUGGAUCUUGUUAGCUGGACGGGCGACCGCGGGAUAUUGGAUCUUCGCAGAAUUUGUCAUGUUGUGGUUCAGGGCGAUCUAGAUCGGGCCU